UGCAGUAUAAAGAAGGUCAAGUACAGACUGCUGCCUGCUGCUUCUUCUCUCCAUCUCUCCAGAGAAUCUCUCCAGGAAUCACUCAGUCCUACAUUGAUCGCUAUCCCUUCGCCACGAAACAACCAAUCAUGUCUUACCAAGAUGACAACAACGGCAGCUAUGGCAGCUCAGGCCGCCAAGACACUUCUGGAGGAUAUGGAGGAGACUCCGAUCGCCUGGGUCGCGACACUAGUGACUCCUAUGGCAGCAGUGGACGCACUGGCGGCCAGGAUGAUUCCUUCGGCAGCAGUGGACGCACAGGUGGCCUAGGUGACGACUCCUACCGAAGCAGCGGAGGUAAUGGUGACAGCGAUAGCUAUGGCAGCGGCGGAAACACCAGCAGCAACUAUGGCUCAGGCACGACUGGCGGUGCAGGCUACGGUAACAAGACAUCCAACUCCAACCAGAGCAGCUCUGGCCGUGACACCAGUGACACAUACGGAAGCUCGGGACGUGACACCAGCGACACAUAUGGAAGUUCGGGACGUGACACCAGCGACACCUAUGGAAGUUCGGGACGUGACACCAGCGACAACUAUGGAAGCUCGGGACGUGAUACCAGUGACAAGUAUGAAAGUUCUGGACGUGAUACCAGCGACACAUAUGGAAGCAGUGGCCGCACAGGUGGACUAGGCGAUGAUACUUAUGGUAGCAGCAACAAGACAGGAUCCUCCGGAUACGGUGACGACAACAACUCGAGCAGCUAUGGUGGGCAAGACAACCGCUCGUUCACUGAAAAGGCCAAGGACAAGCUGUCCAGCAAGCGCAGCGACCAGCCAGAUGAUCCCAUCUCAGGUACCAACUAUGGCGAGGACAGUGGUCGCGGCAACAACUCCUAUGGCUCUAACGACAACGAUGAUUCAUACGGCUCCGGCAACAAGAGUUCUGGCGGAUUCAUGGACAAGGUGAAGGACAAAGUCGGCCUCAACAAGAACAAGGGCGAUGACAGCUAUGGCUCUUCAGACAACUAUUGAGUUGCUGGUCGUGACAAGGCUGGCGACUCAUACUGCAGUCGUGGCCGGUAAGGUGUGGGGCACCUAGGCGAAGACACGUGUUUUGCUAGCACCAAUAAUGAGACGGUUUCUGGUGGUGGUUAUGAUGUAUGAAACAACACUCUCUCCUGCAACAUUUCCUGUCACUACGACAACUUUCCAGAAUAGGCAAUUGUCGUAGUCGUUGUCAAAGUCGUCCGGUCGUUCGUGGCAGCAAUCCUCCACCGAACUGCCAAUGGGGAAAAGACCUUGUGCGGAUUCUCACCUGAUCGUCCUCUAUAGUUAGGUUCCAAUAUUAUAACUGAUCUGAUGUUGUUGCUGUUCU